AUGAAUAACAGCAGUGGUUUCCGUAACCUACUGUAUAGUCAAUCUCCUAUUGACCUUGAUUCACCCGAACGAGUUUGGUUCGGUAGCCAACCACCUGAGCCUGUUGGGUUCGGUAGCCAAGCUCCUGUUGGCGAGUCUGGUGAGGCUGCUGUCGAGUCUGCUAUCAAAGAGAGGAGGAAACGGUCCCCGCAAGAGGAUUUAAUACUGAUUGGUGCUUGGCUCAACACCAGUAAAGAUGCAGUAAAAAAUACUGAGCAGAAAGAUGGUGCGUUCUGGAAGAGGAUCAUCGACUACUACAAUGAAAGCCUUCUUCUGGUUGGGACAAUACCGAGAGAGCUUACUCCAGCCAAGCAGCGGUGGGCUAGGAUUAACGCAGAUGUCUCCAAGUUCGUUGGUUGCUAUGACCAGGCAAUGAGGGAGCAUAAAAGUGGUGAAAACGAUGAUGAUCUGAUGAAAGCCGCACUAGACUACUACUUCAAGGAUCAAGGCCACAAGUUCAGCAUGGAACACGCCUGGAGGGAGCUGAGGCGUGACCAGAAAUGGUGCUCAUCAUGUAAAGACGGUGGGAAGGAUAAGCGCAAACAUGUCUUUGAGGUUGUAUAUAACGCUUUAGUAAUGUUUUAG